GCUCCUCUGUCUAUUUACUUCUUUUUUGUACUUUGACAAAAUUUUAUAGCUGAUUGAGCUUGUUCUCUUGGGCGGGGAGGAAAAUGGAACUUCAAUUCCAAAAACAAAGCACGUAUAUGGUGGAUAGAAACAGAGGUAGCAGCAGCAAAAGGAAGUUUGUUGGGGUGAGACAGAGGCCAUCAGGCAAAUGGGUAGCAGAGAUCAAGAACACUACUCAGAAGAUCAGGAUGUGGCUCGGGACAUUUGACACAGCUGAAGAAGCUGCUCAAGCUUAUGAUGAGGCUGCUUGCCUUCUCCGAGGCUCGAAUACUCGAACCAAUUUCAUGAAUCAUGUUCCUUGCAAUCCAGCUCUGUCCUUGAAGAUCAGAAACCUCCUCAAUCAGAAGAAAGGGCGUCUCAACAAAAUCGCCUCUCUCGCUUCCACAGCCUCCAACAAGACAGCCACAGAGAGCAGUUCCAGAACCAUUUCGCGUACUAGUAGCAGCAGCAGUACUUCUCAGAGUAGUGCUAGUGGAAGUAGUUUUAGCAGCAGCAGCAGCAACAAUAAUGAUAACUCUGCAGCUGUUCUCACGACAAUUCAAGCGCAGACAAAGCUGUUUGAUGAUGCAUAUAAGCCGGACUUGAGCUACUUCAUGGCUGCAGGAGGAUAUCAACCGGCAUCAUCUUCUGAUCAGUUUGAUUAUACCACCGGCCGUGAUGGCAGCUUAAUUUCAACAUUUGCAUCCGAUUUUGAUAGGAUUCUUUUAGGUCAACAGGAUGCAGGUUUUGAAUUGCCCAAAAAAGAUACAUCCGAGAUGAUGAGUGAUCAUCAAACUCAAUACCAUCAUCAGAUUCCAGACUUCGAACAUAUGAAGGUUCAGAGACAGAUAUCUGCAUCCCUGUAUGCAAUGAAUGGUGUGAGUGAAUAUUGGGAGAAUGUUCAUGAUUGUAACGAUUCUUUCUGGGAUCUUCCCAUGCUCUACCAGAUGUUCUGCCCCAGCUAAUCCAGUAGUUCAUACAAUGUAUCCCCCCAAGUUUUUACCAUAUCAGAUUAUAAAUUAGCAGGCCAUUUUGAUAUUUAGAA